AUGUUGGGUCCCGGAGUUUUCAGCGCACGCGCUCCCGCUCUUAUUAUUUGGACUGGCUUGCAGGCGGCGUUGUUGACGUUUAUGUGGAGCCAAUACCGACAGCCAAGCCUGAUCCAAGGUCCCUUGCCUUCACAUAUACCCAAGGCGCACCUUGUGUCAAGACAAGCUAGAUUUCAGGCCCAGCCCGCACACGCAGCAUAA